GUGGCUUUCCCCGAGGGAGGGAGCUUUCUGGAUGCUGUUUCUCCCUGAAACCCUUAGCUGCUGGCCAGCACCCCGGUGAGGGGUGCUUCCCCCUGGACAGACUCACCGACCCUCGGGACAGUGGGGCAGGCACUGCCCCCUCCCCUCAGCCCGCCCUGGUCCCAGUGAGAACCAGAUCGCGGCGGUUACUCUGGCCGCUGCGGGAGAGACAGAGCCCUCCUGUCCCCAGCAACGCCUGAGCCGCGCCUGGCAGGUCGUUGUUCGCAGCGAGUGUCAGAGCGAGGGUGGGUUUCUGUGAAGGCGGCACCGUCCCGUCAGCGUCACAGAGAGCCGCCUGGAAACCAGCAGGACAGGCCUGUGUGUACCGUCUGGUGCCAGGGCCGUGGGAGGAGGCGGCAGGAGGCCGUGGUGGGGUGGAGGCCCUUGGCGCAGAGGGUGCAUGGGCCUCGGAAGCGGGAGGGGAGCCUCAGCGAGCAGGGCGUCCGCCUCGGGCCCGUCUGGGUUUGGGUGAAGGAAAGCCCUGCGCUCACGGGCGCCGGCCUCGCUCAGAGCGAGCGCGCUGGAUUGUGAGAUAGAAGAGUCUUAGCAUCUCGGCUUCACGAGGGAAGAACAGCUACCUCGGAGCCGUGGGAAGAUCAAGCCUGUUUCAGAACUGUAGACUCCAGCGGGCCAAGUUGGCGAAGAACUACGGCGUGACCCGCAUGGACCCGUACUGCCGACUGCGCCUGGGCUACGCCGUGUACGAGACGCCCACGGCCCACAACGGCGCCAAGAACCCGCGCUGGAAUAAGGUGAUCCAGUGCACGGUGCCGCCGGGCGUGGACUCCUUCUACCUGGAGAUCUUUGAUGAGCGCGCCUUCUCCAUGGACGACCGCAUCGCCUGGACGCACGUCACCAUCCCCGAGUCGCUGAAGCAGGGCAAGGUGGAGGACGAGUGGUACAGCCUGAGCGGGCGGCAGGGCGACGACAAGGAGGGCAUGGUCAACCUGGUCAUGUCCUACACGUCGCUGCCGGCCGCCGUGGUGAUGCCACCUCAGCCCGUGGUCCUGAUGCCCACAGUGUACCAGCAGGGAGUCGGCUACGUGCCCCUCGCAGGGGUGCCCGCCGUGUGCGGCCCCGGCGUGGUGCCCGUGGCCCUGCCCCCGGCCGUCGGCGCGCAGCCCCGCUGCAGCGAAGAGGACCUGAAGGCCAUGCAGGACAUGUUCCCCAACGUGGACCGCGAGGUGAUCCGCUCCGUGCUGGAGGCCCAGCGGGGGAGCAAGGACGCCGCCAUCAACUCCCUGCUCCAGAUGGGCGAGGAGUCCUAGGCGCGCCUGGCGCCGCGUUGCCUCCAGCCUGGCUGCCGGCCACCCUCCCCGGGAGCCCCGUCCCAGCCGAUGCCCGUGAACGCGCCCCCGCCCCUCGGCCGUCUGUGUAGCCCCCAGUGCACACCCUUGCUUGGGAUGCAUGUGGUCUUGGUCCCUGCAGCCGCGCUCGAUGUGGUCGGGGCGGUGGGGUCCUUUCUUCCUCCCGCUCCCGUCAGAGAAGAGCCGCACGCAUCUGUGUCCUGUGUGCACACGCCCACCAUCCUACCACCCAGGGCGCACGUCCCCUCCUCGCUGUCCCCAGAGGGUCCCCAGGGCACUCGUGCUGAGCCUCCAGGUCUUACUGCGGGCUGCAGGGGCGCCCUUUGGGGUAACCCGUAAUUCCAGGCGCCUAGAAUCCAGGAACAGCCGGUUUGGGUUCCCUUUAGGACGUCCACACUGAAAACCCACCUCCUGCCCCACGGGGGCUCCGCGGGCCGCUCGCCAGUGUCCUGGGCCAGCCUCGGCCCGCAGGCCAGCACGCGUGCAUGCGGGCCGGACCUGGGGGCGAAGUCUGGGGCCCUGUCUGUGCUCAGCCCCUGGGCCCCUGCGUCUGUCCUGCUGUCUCGCCAGCUCCGUGCCAUGCUGUUCGAGGGGCCCUCCCUGUGACUGGGGCGUCUUUGUAUUGGUUUAUUAAAGGGUCUUUAGGAA